GGAGUCUUCUCGUUUCCACAUUUGCUGUGUCUCGGCAUUUGCUGCAAUGGGAUCUGCUGCUAGCGCGAAAGAUGAUGCUGCGGUCAUGGUGGCAUCCCCAGCGCUGAAGCAUCAUGAUCCCGAAUCCACACGCCUUCGUGGAGCGAAGCAAGACUUCUAUGAUCAGACCAUGCGCAUCUUCAGCAAAAACGAUGUCAACUCCAGACAUCCAGGACAAGCACCUGACGUAUCCCAUUUUGCGGAUGUCCAAGUGGAUCACAUGCUGAGGAAGGAGAUCGAGCUCAAUGAUCGAGGCUUUUACAGGGACCUCUCACGUGCAGAGCUACAACAACAAGCCUGUAUGGAGAACCGAAAGGUGCGCAUGGCCUCCAUGUCCCCGCCUGACUCACCAAAGUCGCGCAGCCGCCGAGGGUCACGGGGCUCCCUGGGCUCAGCGGCAGGCUCCGCAGCAGGCUCAUCACCAUGGUCACCAAAAUCAGUGGGAAGUGCAUCACCAUGGGGGAAGUCAGGAGAUCCAGUGAUGUCCCCUACUGUGUCAAGGGCGGCGUCCUUAAAAGGCCGAAGAGAGAGCCGGAGUCGUCGCAAUAGCCACGACGGAGUUUGAGAGGAACAUUUUUGUCCAGUGAUGCAAACUUUGAUGUCCUUUGGGAUGUCUAGUCAUGAAAUUCCAUGAAUUUGGGGACCAAGAAGGCACCUCUGGAGCUGUUGAGAGGGUUCGAGGACACACCUUGUGUUACUUGUGAGCACGCGAGCAUGUUGAGAGGGCUAGAGUGCCAAGACCAUGUCUUUUCUCGAGAAAAGGAUGAUGUCAACAACAGAAAAGUACUCCUGUGCAUUUGUAUAG